AUCUACUCGCUCUUCUUAUAUACACCAUGUCCUGAGGUGAUCAGGUUUUAGGGUGGAAGCUGCCGGUUGUUGAGAUGGCAAAUACAAAUGUCAACAGACAGAUAACCUCGUUCGCGGAUGCUACGCGAGUAACGCCUGUGCCUGGCACAGACGACCAAUUCGAAGCGACGAUUCACUGGGACUGGUGUGGAGGAUUACAUGCGCACGGUGGCUUCACCCUGAGUCUCGUCUUUUCCGCUGUCCGGACAUUCUUCCUCCGCAAAUAUCCAUCAACUCCACAACCAGACCCCAUCCACAGCAACAUCCACUUCAUCCAACCCGCUCCUCGAGGUCGCGUCGUACUCACUGUCACGGAACUUAGCCACGGAAAACGCUACUCUACCGUUGAAGUCAAAAUUCGAGAUCCCGCUGGCUCAAUAUGUACAUCCGCAACGGUUAUUCAAGGCAAUCUCGCGACGGAAGAUGGACCCUCGAUUGCAGCAGUUCCACCGGUCAUGACACUGGACGAAAUACCUGACAGAGAACGCGAUUGUAAUCAGUCGAUUCCUAUCCCGUUGCUGGUCAAGCUCAUGCCCGUGAUCCGCAAGAUGCGCGUACUCAAACGGAAAGAGGCUGAGACACAGUUCUGGAGUCGGAAGGGAGCCGCCGGGUUGAAUACGAAGGAGACGUGGGUACGAUGGGAAGAUCCGAAUCAGAAGUUGGAUGUGAUCAGUUUGGGUGUCGUGUGUGAUAAUUUCCUCCCAGCCCCUCUCAACUACGAUCCCACCAUGGCCGACCUCAGCAAGUACGUCUUCCCAACUAUGUGUAUGUCCGUUGAGAUUAAAAAAGAUCCCAAGGAUGCCGAGUGGCUAUUCCUUGAAACCGUGUGUCACAAGGUCCAAAAUGGACGGUUUGACACUGAUGUGCGCGUUUUGGACGAGAAUGGUGAUUUGGUAGCGUUGAGUAAGCAUGUCUCUGUCAUGGCGGAGAUGAAGCGUACAAAAGCUAGUAAGAUUACAGUUGGUGAUGAAUUCUCCAAGUUGUGAUAUUCAAUUUACUUCCAUCAUCCUUGUUCCUAAAGAGUGAACACCAGACAAAACUCUCCAACCAUACCAGACUGUCCCAAUGAUUGACCAAUGAUACUUCCAUCAGGAAG